GGUCCGGCGGAGGCCGGUCGGCGGGCCCGAGGGAGGGGACCGAGCCGGCGCCGGGACGGGGGAGACGGAAGCGGGGGCGCGCGCGGCCGACCCACGCAACAUGGCCAAUAAAGAGAUGUUCGAGGAUACGGUGGAGGAGCGUGUUAUCAACGAAGAAUACAAAAUAUGGAAAAAGAAUACCCCAUUUCUGUACGACUUGGUAAUGACCCAUGCUCUCGAAUGGCCCAGCCUCACUGUCCAGUGGCUUCCCGACGUAACGAGGCCCGAAGGAAAGGAUUACGCCCUUCACUGGCUGGUGCUGGGGACUCAUACCUCCGAUGAGCAGAACCAUUUGGUGGUGGCCCGCGUCCAGAUCCCCAACGACGACGCCCAGUUUGACGCCUCUCACUACGACAGUGAGAAAGGAGAAUUUGGGGGCUUUGGAUCUGUAACUGGAAAGAUCGAAACCGAAAUUAAAAUCAACCACGAAGGCGAAGUAAAUCGGGCUCGCUACAUGCCUCAGAAUCCUUGUAUCAUUGCUACGAAGACACCGUCUUCGGAUGUGCUGGUUUUCGAUUAUACCAAACACCCCUCCAAGCCAGACCCAAGUGGCGAGUGUAAUCCCGACCUUAGGUUAAGAGGUCACCAGAAGGAGGGUUAUGGCCUUUCGUGGAACUCCAACCUGAGCGGGCACCUCCUCAGCGCAUCCGAUGAUCACACUGUCUGUCUGUGGGAUAUAAGCGCGGGACCAAAGGAAGGCAAAAUUGUCGACGCCAAAGCCAUCUUCACUGGCCAUUCUGCCGUCGUGGAAGACGUGGCCUGGCAUCUGCUGCACGAAUCCCUGUUCGGAUCCGUCGCCGACGAUCAGAAACUUAUGAUAUGGGAUACUAGGUCCAAUACAACCUCCAAGCCAAGCCACUCUGUCGACGCUCACACAGCUGAGGUCAACUGCCUGUCCUUCAACCCGUACAGUGAAUUUAUCCUAGCAACUGGCUCCGCUGACAAGACGGUCGCUCUGUGGGAUCUGCGCAAUCUGAAGUUAAAGCUCCACUCCUUUGAGUCUCACAAAGAUGAAAUUUUCCAGGUCCACUGGUCUCCCCACAAUGAAACCAUUCUGGCUUCGAGCGGUACCGAUCGCCGGCUGAACGUGUGGGAUCUGAGCAAAAUUGGGGAGGAACAGUCAGCAGAGGAUGCCGAAGACGGCCCCCCCGAGCUACUGUUCAUUCACGGAGGACACACGGCCAAAAUAUCUGAUUUUAGCUGGAAUCCCAACGAACCGUGGGUGAUUUGCUCCGUGUCCGAGGACAACAUCAUGCAGAUAUGGCAAAUGGCCGAAAACAUUUACAACGACGAGGAGCCGGACAUAGCGGCAUCAGAACUGGAGGGGCAAGGAUCCUAAAACUCCGUGUGCGGGAAGUGGCCAACAAGCAUUUAAGUUAUCUUUUGGGUUUUUUUUUUUUUGACUACUAUACAAUUCAACGUUAUCUUCUUACUGAAUGUGACGCUACCCGGAUGCUUGAUUUAUCAAGCGGCGAAAGAAGCUUGUAUAGUUGAAUUACAGUGGGAUAGCACCUAGCAUUCCUUCACCCCUUGAUUAUUUCAGCACUUUGAAGCGAGCUAUUGCCGACUCCACCAUUUAGCUAACCAGGGAAAGCCGGAACGUGACGGCAAGGGGCCUCGUGCCCGCUCGCCAAGGAGCAUGAGUGGCGGGUUACCGCGUACGAUUCAACUGCCGACCGAGUUCUCGUUCUCCCUGGCUUAAAAGUGCUUAUAAAUGUUUUUAUCAAUAUGCAAGAACCGCUUUCACUUUUUUCCAGAACACUUCCUGAUUUGGCUUUGCAUAAAUAAACUUUUGGAAGAAA